AUGCAGAUUGAGUGGGGCGAUGAACAGCAGCUCAGGGAGCUGGCGGCGGAGUCCGAGCGACUGGAGCGCCUCAAGCAGGUCCGGGAGGAGGUGUCGCAGCAGGUGGAGGCGGCGCGCCAGGAGCUGGUGGCCGAGAACCGCACCCUGCACCAGCGCAUCGUAGAGUUGGAGCAAGGGCCAUCCGGCACCCUGGUGGUGCAACAGCAGCUGGAAGCCCAGGUGGAGAUGCUGAGGCAGACAAAGCUGCAGCACGCCCAGGCGGAGGCGCAGGCCACAGCGAGCCGUCAGAAGGCGCAGGCGGCGGAGGCGGAGCUACGAGGAUUUCAAGCAGACGUGGAAGCUUCGCUGCAAAGGCUGGAUGAGCAGCGGCUUCAGCUUCAGCGCCAGUGCUGCGAGAUGGAGAGCCGCGCUAUUGCCGCAGAGGAGCGGCUGGCUGAAACCAGCAGCGAGCUGGAGCGAGAGCGUGCAGAGGCCAUGGCCGAGGGCCGCUCUUUGGAGGAGGGGCGGAGAUCCCUUCGCGUCUCAGAGGAUCGUAUCGCCGAGCUGGAAGAGGCCCUUCGGCGAGCAUCUCGCCGCGUGGCCGCGCUGCGUUGGCAGCAGCUCCUCGAAACCUGGCUCCGGAGCCGCAGAGACCAGGUGCUACAGGAGGCGCGGGCAAGCCGCGCGCGUGGCAAUGGUCAAGAGCAAGCGCAGGAGCUGAGACGCUUGGAUGAGGAGUGCGAAGAGCUGCGGGAGCAGAACCGCCAG